AGUUAAUCACCCACACAUCCAUUACCUCUUACGCUCAUCUUCUCCAAAUGGAGCAGCCGCCCAACCUCUCUCCGCUGCUGCCUCAAGAUUUCGUGCCAUCCUUCUGCAAUCUCAACGCCCUCUUCCUCCCCGACGCCAUCUCCCUUUCCCUCCCCAAAUCCACCUUCGCCUCCCUCUCCAUCUCCCAGGCCCCCUCCCGUUCCCCCGCCUCCUCCCCCUCCCGCUACCGCUCCCUCCUCAAGUCCCGAUCCGAUCUCGAACGCGCCCUCAUCGGCGCCUUGGCGGGCGCCGCGGCCGGGGCGUUCACCUACGUCUGCCUCCUCCCGAUCGACGCCGUCAAAACCAAGCUCCAGACCAAGGGCGCCGCCCAGAUCUACUCUGGCGCUCUCGACGCCGCCAUCCAGACCUUCCGCGCCGACGGAAUCCUCGGCUUCUACCGCGGCGUCUCCGCCGUCAUCGUCGGGUCCGCCACCUCCUCCGCGAUCUACUUCGGCACCUGCGAGCUCGGCAAGUCCGUCCUCUCCAAGAUCCCCACUUUCCCUCCCCUCCUCAUCCCCCCCACUGCCGGCGCCAUGGGCAACAUCGUUUCCUCCGCCGUCAUGGUCCCCAAGGAACUCAUCACCCAAAGGAUGCAGGCCGGCGCCGUGGGCCGGUCGUGGGAAGUCCUCCUCCGGAUCCUCGAGAAAGACGGCAUCUUGGGGCUCUACGCCGGCUACUCCGCCACUCUCUUGAGGAAUCUGCCGGCGGGUAUACUCAGUUACUCUUCAUUUGAGUACAUGAAGGGCUUCGUGAGGAGUCGAACCGGGAAGGAGUUUCUUGAGCCGGCGCAGAGCGUGGUGUGUGGGGCGUUGGCCGGGGCGAUCUCGGCGUCGCUCACUACGCCUCUGGAUGUCGUCAAGACCCGACUGAUGACGCAGGCGCACGGAGCGGCCAGGAAGAACGUUGCGGAGACAUUGAAGCAGAUUGUGGUGGAAGAAGGAUGGGGAGGGCUGGCACGAGGCAUUGGCCCUAGGAUUUUUCACAGUGCGUGCUUUGCGGCACUGGGGUACUUCGCGUUUGAGACUGCAAGGCUUGCCAUCCUGCGCCAGUAUCUUCAUCGUCGGCACGAUGAGAUGGUACGUUCCUCAUCUGCCUAAGGUCAAAUUUUGCUGUUCCGAUUCCUGUCUCAACCAAAGAUUCCUGUUUCAAACUAAAUGGUCACUCUUCGAUCUCAGAUUGGAAAAAUUACAGUCAUGUUGUGUUUUGAUUCAUGAAAUGAAAUCAUUAAUUAUACAAAUUGCUAUUUUCC